AUGGCGAGCAGUGUGACUGCUUCCACGGGAAUGUCGCUCGGCAGCCGACACAACUCUCACAACAAUCUCGUUGCGUCCGACAGCGUCUCUGACUGGCUCAACUCUUCUCGUGACAACACGCCCAAAGGACCCACGUUAUUGACCGCACAGGAGUCGAUUCACCGACAGAACAGCUACUCCAGCCUAACCGACGGUUUUGACAUGGUCUCUCCACCCACGCUCAUCUGGCCAGACACAACAGAGUCCAAGAUCUUGGGCCUCAACAACGCAGAUGAAUAUCUCUCCAGCCUUGCAGAGCAGUCCAUUGGCCUCAAAAAUACCUUCACCGAGACACUACAUGUUGAUGACUUCUUCAACGACAGCUUGUCCAACUCCAACGCCAGCAGUCCGUACAUGGGCGACACAAUUAAUCUUCCCGGCUGGAACCACGGCCCUGAAGUGGUGGGCGGACUCGAAUCUGAUGUAGACUCUCCUGAAGGCAUCUGGUACGGACAAACACAGCCCAUCACAACCAAGGCUGCCCGCAGGGGUCCCACUGCGCUCGACUUCUUUGUCCAAAUCGAUCAAUCGGAUAUCAUGGCAUCACCUGGUGCAACCAACUCUGGCGGCUUCCAGACUCUCGAUACCACCGCGCCGACGACCAGCAGCAAGAGUGUCGGAUUGCUGGGGGCACCGACUCGAACGCUCCGAUCUGCCAUCUCUGCCCCUCUCUUGCAACGAGAUGACCCGGUACUCGAAGCGGCUGGAACGCAACACCUGAUCAACGACUUUCUCAUCGAUGCAGGAUUUCCGCAAGAACGCAUUCCAGAAGCGAAUGCUCUCGGUCUGGACCUCGGACCUCAGUCGAGUGCGGUCAACACGCCUGCUCAUGAUUCUGUUGUGCAUGGAAACGAAGGCGGCCUCGACAAGGAUGGCUUGCCGCUCAUCACAGAGCUGGCAGGUAAUCCCAGCGUGGCCCAGUCCUCGGCCCUCUUCCAACGUCGUGCUGUGCAGCGCGAGCUUCAUGCACCUUCGCCCGUUGCGGUUCCCGCCGUAGAUGCAGGCGAUCAAACUAUCGAGGUCGCUCCCGGCCGCACCGUUACCGUCAACCACCCGACGGAUUCGACCGUAGACCCAGAACAGAUGACCGAGGAUCAGCGACGAAGGCUUGCGCAACUCCACAAGAUUCAUGUUGCACAGCAGGCGGCACGAUUAGGCGUGUAUCAGGACUUUGUCACUCCAUCACAGCAAUUUGCUGGCCAAGAAGCGAGCGAACGGGCAGCCAAGGCGGUACAAGCAGCCCUGAUGUACGGCAUGGAAGGCAACUCUCCGCGAAAGCUCAGCGUAGGCUCAACUGGAUUGCCUACUCCCGUCACACCGCAGCAUCCGCUGCAGCCCGGCCCCGGCAGCAUGGCCAAUGCUGCCUACCAUCCUCACAUGCAGAACUACCUUGGCGUUCAAAUGCAAGGCUAUUCUGCUACCAGUUUCGACCCACGACUGCCCGGCAUGCCAUUAUCUGCCGACUCGGCCAACUUCGCACCUUCGAUCCAGAACCAGUUCUCCAACCUCCACCUGGUUCAACAACAGCAACAGCAGCAACAGCACCAGCAGCAGCAACAACAACAACAACAACAACAACAACAAGGUGUCUUCACCCCACAAUUUCUCCACCAGCACGACACCACCCUAUAUGCGGGGCCAGCCAACGUCGGCUCGCAAGACAUGUCCGGCUACACAUCGGUCUAUCCACCACCAAGACACAACAGCAUCAGCGGUGCAAGUGUGGGAAGUGAACGAAGCGGCGGCAUGCACGGUCCAAGUCUGACGCUCAAUGGGUUUGGACACCUCGUCAGUGACCAGAUCAUGCUGGCGCCGAGAAGGGCGAGUCACCUUGGCUUGAAUCGAGCCGAGUCGAGUCCUUCCUUGGCCUCGCAGAUUGCCGCCAACCCGAUGCAACUGCAAAAUCCAUUCAAUCAGCAGCAAUCGCAACCGACGCAACAACAGUCACAGCAGCAGGCGAUGCUGGCGACGCUGGAGCCGUCGAAGCUGAUGACCAGUUCAGAGAUAGCCUUGAUGCCACCAGCUGCUAGCACGCCUCGAUCAGCGCCGGCGGAUGCAUCACGCGAGCAUCUGGCGAUACAGCAGAAUCGAAUGCGUCAGUUACAGCAGCAGCAGCAGCAACUACAGUUUCUCCAGAUGCAGACUGCAGCCAUCAAGCAGGCCGGAAGCAGCUCAGGCCAAGUGACGACGAGAAAAGCACCCAGCACGCUCUCUGCGCCAUUGAGCCCUCCUCGGUCGCCAGCCAAGACCAAGUCGACACCCCAUCUCCGAAGUCCAUUAGGCGGUGGUGCGGCGGGGUUGCCAUCUUUGCCCGCCAAGACCACGGCACCGGGACUGCGAAAGAUCGCUUCGAACCGAAGGAUCAACACUGUCGCCUCGUCAUCCACGCUUGCCGGCAGCGGCAGUGCAGGAUCGACAUCGUCAAGCUCGAGCUCAUCCGCCUCAGGUGGUGGCGGUUUGAAGGGUAAGACCAGUACCUUUGGGCUUGCUGGAGGUUUUACGCUCGAACUCACCACCUCGGCAUCGCCUACACGAGCUCGAACCAUUUCUCACCAGAGCAACGUCUCAUCGCGAUCCAACAGCUCGCCAGGCAAAUCCAAGUCGCCGACGCCCUCGGCGCUCGCCUCCGGAUCCGGCAGUGGAGGUUUCACGCAGCUCUCGUUCGUCAACUACGGCUUGAACGAUGCCGACGAGAUCUGCUCGGCUGUCGCUCCCAGUGGAAGUUACAAAGUACCGUUGCGCGGAUUCGGUGCGUCCUCGGGCGAAGACGACGAUUUCGACGACGACGCCAGUUCCGUCCGUACUCGAACCAUGUCCAAUGUCACCGGGGUCACAGGAAUGGCAGCGUCUGACGACGAAGAUGAUAGCCCAAGCUCGACAAUAGGCGCCACUCCAGGGAGCCCCUCCAAGAAGGUUCGCAAGAACUCAAGUCGCCCAAAUCUGCUGUUAAGCCCGAGCGGUGCAAGUGCUAGCCCGCUCAGAAGCAAACGCAGCAUGGCCAACUUAGGAGGAAGCGGUGGGAGCGGUGGAAACCGAGCUUGGGAUGCGUCCAGAUCGCCGAGAAAGACAAAGUCGACCAUCUUGAGUCCUGUUUCCAGCGCUGGAAGUGGCGAGUAA